GACUCAGAGCGUUCAAGAAACUGCAAGUCAGCAGCCAUGGUCCCUUCCCAGACCCUGGUGUGUGCUGCAGUGCUUGCCCUGGCAGUCCUGCAGGCCCUGGCCUCAGACACCUUCAUCGCAGCCGUGUACGAGCACGCCGUCAUCCUGCCACGCACCAUUCACAAGGUUUCUCCUGCUGAUGCUUUGGCCCUGAUGAACAGAAACAUGGAUGUUCUGGAAGGAGCUGUCAAGGAAGCAGCCCAGCAGGGUGCCCGCAUCAUUGUGACUCCUGAGGAUGGCAUUUAUGGCUGGGUUUUCACGAGGGAAACCAUUUACCCCUACCUGGAGGAUAUUCCUGAUCCAGAGGUGAACUGGAUUCCCUGCACCGAUCCCACAAGAUUUGGUCGAACACCAGUGCAGGAACGACUCAGCUGCAUGGCCAGGAACAACUCCAUCUAUGUAGUGGCAAAUAUCGGGGACAAGAAGCCAUGUAAUUCCAGUGACCCCAAUUGUCCCAGUGAUGGUCGCUACCAGUACAACACUGACGUUGUCUUUGACUCAGAAGGGAAACUGGUGGCUCGUUACCACAAGUACAACCUGUUUAGACAAGAAACUCAGUUUAAUUACCCAAAAGAGCCUGAGUUCAUCACCUUCGAGACUCCCUUUGGGAAGUUUGGCGUUUUCACCUGCUUUGACAUCCUUUUCCGGGAGCCUGCUGUGGUGCUGGCGAGUGAGCUACAGGUGGACACGGUGCUUUUCCCAACAGCCUGGAUGAAUGUCUUGCCCUUUCUGACUGCUGUGGAGUUUCACUCUGCAUGGGCUAUGGGCAUGGGAGUCAAUUUACUGUCAGCAAAUACUCACAACACCAUCAUGUCUAUGACAGGCAGUGGGCUGUUCACACCCCAUGGGCCGGCCUUGUACUACUACAACAGCAAGACAGAGGAGGGACGUCUCCUGGUAGCUGAGCUGAACGCACGACCCCGUCUUUCUCCUAACUACCCUGCUGCAGUCAACUGGAGCUCAUAUGCUACAAGUGUCAAAAACUAUUCAAGAGAAAACGAGACUUUUCCAGGAGCUGUCCGGAGGGAUAUAUUCACUUUCAGUGAACUCAAGCACAAAGCUGGAAAUCAUACGGUCUGUCAAAAAGACCUCUGCUGUCAUUUGGCCUACCGGAUGUCAAAUAAAAGUAAAGAUGAAGUUUACGUACUGGGCGCAUUUGAUGGGCUUCAUGGCUCUGUGAUAAAAUACCAUUGGCAGAUAUGCACACUGCUCAAGUGUAAGAGCACAGACCUGAGCACGUGUGGGCAGCCAGCAGAGACUGCAGAGACCAAGUUUGCCAUGUUCUCCCUCAGCGGCACAUUUGGGACUAACUACGUCUUUCCAGAAGUCUUGUACAGCGGUGUGCAGCUGGCCCCUGGGGAAUUUGAGGUACUGUCUGAUGGACGUCUGCAAAGUAAGAAUGGCACAUCAAAACCACUCUUAACAGUGACGCUUUUUGGAAGGUGUUAUGAAAAGGACCUGCCUCAUCCCCUGCGAAGCUUCCUCACGUAUCUACGUCUCUAGAUGAGAUUUUCCCACCAGGCUGUAAUCCAGAAGCAGACCGAAGCAGACAGCUGCCAAGCCGUGGGCUCUGCAUGGGAUGAGUCACUAUUGUGCUGUAUCUGCAGGCUGCACCAGUUUGUCAUGAGGAAGUAGCUCCUGAGCAGGUACAGUCUCUGCAUCUCACCUUCUCAUUUACAGGGAGCUGCUAAUUUGCUAGAUUAGAUUUGUUUCAAAGAUGAAUUUUCCACGGUGAGUGCUUAAGAUAGCAGUUAUCCUGUGUUCAUUCUGUAACGAACAGCAACAGCAUCAACAGCGAUCAGAUUUUGAUGGUGGCUCAGAGGAUCAUUUAAAAAGCUGUUCAUUCCCAACACCAGAACCAAUAACACAGCUAGGGGACAAAAAUCUCCUCAGGCACAGCUAUGAAUUCAGAGCAAAGCUGUGGAGCUGUUCCAAGGCCAUGAUGACAUAGAGUGAUCUAGCUGGAUCCUGUGUGCUUCCUACCUCCCUCCUCCAUUUGCCUUUGCACUGGAGGUGGUGUUUGGAGGCCACCUAAUGCCUACAAAUUGGCCAUGGUCAUGAGUUCACCGUUGUGGGACUGCUGUGUGCGCAGGGACAGCAGAGAGGCGAUUUUUGUCUUGCUGGACUCUCUUUCUCCUGUGUGCAUCUCAUAGAUUUUAUUUUCAUAGCAUAUCUCAGAGCAUUUAUUUUAUUUUGGGGGGUGAUCCUAAAAACUGCACUUUAGGAAAGUGCAUGAAUGUCAUGUUUCUCUUUAUAAACAGCUAUGGGCAAGGAAUAAUGAUGCUUUGGUUAUGCAUUGUGGGAGUAUAUCUAGAGGUUAAUCAAUUCUUCUGUUCUUCUUUAAAUUCCUCACAGCAAUAGCAUUCAGUUUAGUAGUUGGUACAUCUUUGCAUGUAAGCCAACUUGUGAAAUACUUGUUUUGAAUCAAUGACUCACUGGGAAUUUGUGCAUAUUUCAAACAUAAAAAUGGAAACUUAAGGAAAAUAAAUAUUCAUAUUUACUUCAUAAACGAUGGGUGGAGCUGAAUACUUUCAGAAGUUCUUUUCAGCCACAAGGAUAUCUCAUAGCCUCAAGCAGUUGGUUUUCCUUAGCAUGGCUAUCCUUGGAGAGAUCCAGUUUUUAAAAUGAGCCAUAUGGAAACGAGAAACUUUUUUCUGUCUGGGUAGUAAGUCAAAAACGGAAGGAGCGGAGUUGCUCAGAGCAUGGGUAGGCCUUCCAGCCUGUCUGCUCUGAUUGUGAUGGCACUGGGAUGCUGGAGGACAUAGGAGUUUGGCUGAUUAAUGCCAGGUAGCUGCUUCUGAAAUCAGAGUUGCUUUUCCAGAUCACACUGUGCUUUUUUUUUAGUUGGUGAACUCUUUCCGUAGCAAGCAAACUCUUACACUAGAACACCCCAGUCCUCAAGGAAAAUAAAGGAACUGAGUUUGCAUUUGUUUAGAUUUUUGUGGGCAUAACAUAAUGAAGCAGCUAAACAACUUCACGUAGCACAGUUGGCAAGCUGGCAUCUUAACCUAUGUUGUUGCAUAUGUCCCUGAGGCACCCAGCAUGAGUGGGCUUUAGCUAAUGCUCACCACAUUACCAGUUUUUGAUGCCCAGUAACACCCCUGUUUCAAAGGACUGUGUGGUCCUUUGUGGAGCAUGAAAUUAAUGACCCUCAUCAGUGACUCCAGUGCAAUCAAUAAUAGGUGUUUACUUUAGACACCUUUUUACUAGCUAUAUUUUGCAAAUAGCUGCUAAAUGAUUAGGCUGUUAGAUUAAAACUGUUUGCUCAGUAGUGUAGGCAGAACUAGGCUGACAAAUGCACGUCAUGGCAAUCUGUGUGCAGUAUACCUUCUCAGUGUAAAAUUACAUGCUGCUUUAAAACACCUGUAUAUAUUUGCCAUAUAUUUUUAGGAACUUACAGAAGGGAGAUUAGACGGUGAUUUUUGUUUGCCUCCUGGUUAAUCUUGAGCUGCUCACAAAAUGAUCACAGUGCUUAAUUAAGCAAGUAAACAUAUUCCAGUUGAAUUCAAUGUAUCUAUAAAUAAGGCCCAGUAAACAAAGAUGAGUAGAUUACAAAAUAAAUAGUUAGAGCUUCUGUUCACACUGAAACAGGGGGCCAAGAGCUCCAUUCAUUGCACGCAAUGUUAUCAAGUAAUAUGCUGGGGACUCUGGGGGCUGCUCUGGAUUGAGUGCCAGUCCUCUUGAAUUCAUGCUAUCCAGAGUAGUUAUUAUGACAAAGAGGCUCAGCUGGCUUUUGAGAUCAUCUUUAAAAGGAGUGGGUGCCACUGACUGAGCAGAGAACAAACAAGCAUCAGGAGCAGACUUCUACUCAGUGUCAGGAGAUAAAGGUAGGAGGGCAGGUUUUUAAAAGUAUGCUUCUUCAUAUUUUCAUUUUAUUGAAUUUUAAACUAAUAUUUGUAAUUAAGGACAGCGUUCUAAUUUCUUGUUGAAAACAUCUUCAAUAUUCAGCUCAAUUGGACAGUUUGUCAUAGGAGUUUUGAUUUAUUUUGUUUUUCUUUCCAUGCAAAGCCACACAUUCGAUCUCAGUUUGCCCUUUUAUUUAUUUUUUUGGUUGGAAUUUAUUCUUUCUGCUCAACAGCAACAGAAAAAUUCCCUGAAAAUAAGUUUUUUAUUAAAGAUAAAUGGUUUCAAGGGGAGGUCAUAUUCCUUUAUGUAUAUAGUAUGUAUAUACUAUAUAGUAGCAUUGUCAGAGAACAUAUACAUAUACAAAUAGUAGCAUUGUCAAACAACAGAAAUAAAACUAUUCAUCUUUUAAACAGAAAAGAAAACAAGAGAUAACACCUUAAUUCUUUCUGAUUGGCCUUAUAUUCGCUUUUAUUUUACUUAAUUUCCUUACCCAUACAACAAAUGAAGGUCAAAAUGUAUGUUUAUCCAAAAUAAACACAGGCAGCAAAGCCCCAGAGCAAAUGAGUUAUAUUAGUGGUGUCUGAAUUGCUGUACUUUUCGGAUUUAAAAGAUUAUGUUACGUUAUAAUGGUAAUGCUACAGAACAGAAUAUGGUAAUGUUCUUUAGUGUUCUUCUUUUUUCAUGAUAAUACUAUUUUUCUCUUAAUUAAAGGAAAACCACAAUGAACAUUGCUUGUGAAGUGUUAGAAUGCUUUCAUAAAAUGCUUUUGCAAAAGAAUAGCCUUGCAAAACAGAUGAGUUAUUGCACACACAAGAGGACAGUAAUAUUUGCACCCUAAAGAUGCUAAUAAAGAAGUAGAUAAAUGUUCAGGAAACAA